AUGGCUUUAUUAGUUCAAGCUUUAAAUAGGAUGAAAGUCCUUACAGAAGGUAAUGUUUCCGAGGUCACCAGAACAUUUUGUUGUGCACAAAAAACUGAAAAAUGUUUACUUCGCGAAUGCCUAAAAUGCAAAGAUAAUACGAUUUCUUAUAAACCAUAUCAAAGCACUGAAGUCGGACAUUUUUUCAAAUGGACUACGAGAAAAGAGUCUUAUUUUGAUAAGUACCAGAAGCAAAAGAGUAUUACUAAAACCAUCAAGCAAAAGCUUAUCAUGCCUUUGGACGAAAUGAUUUUUGAGUUUGAAGGAUCAAUCAUAAACUUCUUGAAACAUAAAGGUAGAUCUCUGCAUCAGUAUAACCAAAUUUCUAAGAAAAAGGAAAGUUUGAUGCCGAAUGAAGUCAUGAUCCACGUGGAUUUUAGCGAGAACUAUUCAUUAAAACAUGCGGAGGAAACUCAAGCAUUUCACUUUGGUGGUUCGCGCCAACAGAUUUGCCUCCAUACUGUAGUUAUCUAUUUCAAGUCACUCGAAGUCAUUUUGCACACUGUCCCAGAGUCUGAAGCAUGA